ACCGUGCCCUGCUCCAUCGCCCAGCCAUGCUGCGUUGCUUGCUCCAACGAGCCAGCCACCUCCCCAACUUGGAGAAGGGGGACAAGCAAAGCGACCCGGUGGCCAGCCUGACUUUCCGAGGUGUAAAGAAGAAGACUAAAGUCAUCAAGAACAAUGUGAACCCCGUAUGGAACGAGGGCUUUGAGUGGGACCUGAAGGGAGCUCCCCUGGACUCGGGUGCCGAGCUCACCAUUGUCGUGAAAGACCAUGAGACCGUGGGGAGAAACAGGUUUUUGGGAGAAGCCCGAGUGCCCCUGCGAGAUGUCCUCUCCUCCCCCAGCCUGGCGGCCUCCUACAACCUCCCCUUGCUGGACACCAAGAAGCAGAGCACUGGGGCUUUCCUCAUCCUGCAAGUGUCCUACAUCCCCCCUCCAGGAGCUGUCCCCCUGUUUCCCCCUCCAGCCCCCCCGGAGCCAGCACCGGCUGCUGCUGAGUCUGACACGGUCACCGAGACGGCUGGAGAGGAGGAGAUGGAGGAUCAGACAGCGACAGGGGAAGAAACGGAGCCCUCCUCCUCCUCCGGGCCACCGGGGUCUGAGCCCCCCUCGCUGCCCCGCAAGCCCCCCAUGCACCAUGUUCAGGGGGUGAAGCGGAGGAAGAGCUCACCCAAAAAGCCUUUAUCCAACAAGCCACAAGACUUCCAGAUCAGAGUAAGGGUCAUCGAGGCCCGGCAGCUCCCUGGGGUCAACAUCAGGCCCGUGGUGAAGGUGACGGCUGCCGGGCAGACCAAGAGGACCAGGAUACGCAAAGGCAACAGCCCCUUCUUUGAUGAGACCUUCUUCUUCAAUGUCUUUGAGUCGCCGGCUGAGUUGUUCGACACACCCAUCUUCAUCACGGUUGUGGACUCUCGGUCUUUCCGGACAGACUCGGUGAUUGGGGAAUUUCGGAUGGAUGUCGAAACCAUUUACUCCGAGCCAAAACAUGCUUUCCUUAGAAAAUGGCUGUUGCUCUCUGACCCGGAGGACUUCUCUGCGGGGGCCAAGGGCUAUCUGAAAGUCAGCCUGUUUGUGCUGGGACCUGGUGAUGAAGCUCCUCUGGAGAAGAAGGAGGUCUCUGAAGACAAGGAAGACAUCGAGGGCAACCUCCUGCGUCCUACUGGGGUAACCCUGAGAGGGGCUCAUUUCUGCCUGAAAAUCUUCAAAGCUGAAGACUUGCCCCAGAUGGAUGAUGCUGUCAUGGACAACGUCAGGCAGAUCUUCGGCUUUGAGAGCAACAAGAAGAACCUGGUUGAUCCUUUCGUGGAAGUCAGCUUUGCGGGCAAGACGCUUUACUCGAGGAUCCUGGAGAAGAAUGCCAACCCGCAGUGGAACCAGUGCCUAACGCUGCCAGCGAUGUUCCCUUCCAUGUGUGAGAAGAUGAGGAUCCGGGUGACCGACUGGGACCGUGUGACGCACAAUGAUAUCAUCGGCACCGCCUACCUCUGCAUGUCCAAGAUCUCGGCCCCUGGCGGGGAGCUAGAGGAUGAGUUUCCUGCUCUCGUGAAGCCUCUGAAAGCCACAGACUCGGACGAUGGGCUCGGGUUCCUGCCGACCUUCGGUCCCUGCUAUAUCAACCUCUACGGCAGCCCCCGGGAGUUCACCGGUUUCCCCGACCCUUACGAGACACUCAAUUUAGGAAAGGGUGAGGGAGUCGCGUAUCGUGGCAGGAUGCUGGUGGAGCUGGAAACCAAACUGGUGGAACACGUGGAGCAGAAGGUGGAGGACAUUUCUGCGGAUGACAUCCUGCGGGUGGAGAAGUACCUGCGCCGUCGGAAGUACUCCCUCUUUGCUGCCUUCUACUCAGCCACCAUGCUCCAAGACGUGGAUGAUGCCAUCCAGUUUGAGGUCAGCAUUGGCAACUACGGCAACAAAUUUGACAACACCUGCCUGCCCUUGGCCUCCACCACUCAGUACAGCCGGGCUGUCUUUGAUGGUUGUCAGUAUUACUACCUGCCCUGGGGCAAUGUGAAGCCCGUGGUGGUGUUGUCAUCCUACUGGGAAGAUAUCAGCUAUCGGACUGAUGCCCAAAACCUUCUCCACUAUGCAGCAGACAGGCUGGAAGCAAACAUGGAGAAGGUCCACCUUGCUCUCAAGGCCAACCGCUCACCGAGUGAACUGGAUGUCCUGGGUGCCCAGCUGAUGGAUGACAUCAUCGCUGACUGCAGCGUGACCCUGCCCGACGUCCUGGGGAAGCCGGCCAGCACCCACCUGGACCAGAACAUGUACCGGUUUCGCAGCACCAACCUGGAGCAGAUUGUGAAGGCAGCCCUGAAGCUCAAGCAUGAGGACUCGAGCCUGUCGGCAGCCCUGGAGCAAGCAGAGGACUGGCUCUCCAGGCUGAAGGCCAUGGCAGAGGAGCCCCAAAACAGCCUGCCCGAUAUAGUGAUCUGGAUGCUGCAGGGAGACAAGCGCGUAGCAUACGCUCGCGUGCCAGCCCACGAGGUCCUCUUCUCCAGGAACAUCUCCAGCUGCUGCGGCAAGAACUGUGGGAAGCUGCAGACCAUCUUCCUGAAGUAUCCCCAGGAAGAGGUGAUGGGUCCGAGGAUCCCAGUCCAGAUCCGGGUCCAGCUCUGGUUCGGGCUGUCGGUCGAUGAGAAGGAGUUUAACCAGUACGCCGAGGGGAAGCUCUCCGUCUUUGCUGAAACCUAUGAGAACCAGACCAAACUGGCGCUGGUGGGGAACUGGGGUACUACUGGCCUGACCUACCCCAAAUACUCAGAUGUUACUGGCAAGAUUAAGCUGCCCAAGGACAGCUUCCGCCCCUCCACAGGAUGGACCUGGGCUGCAGACUGGUUCAUCUGCCCGGAGAAGACGUUGCUGCAUGAUGUGGACGCUGGGCACUUGAGCUUCGUGGAGGAGGUGUUUGAGAACCAGGUUCGGCUGCCUGGAGGCCAGUGGAUCCACAUGACUGAUGCCUACACUGACGUGAAUGGGGAGAAGGUCCUGCAUAAGGAUGAGAUUGAGUGUCCUCCAGGCUGGAAAUGGGAGGACGUGGAGUGGGACACGGACCUCAACAGAGCUGUGGAUGAAAAAGGCUGGGAGUAUGGCAUCACCAUACCGCCGGACCGCAAACCCAAGGCCUGGGUGCCAGCUGAGAAGAUGUACCACACCAACCGGCGACGGCGCUGGGUGCGGCUCCGCCGGAGGGACCUUGCACAGAUGGAGGCCAUGAAGAAGCACAAGCAGGAGGAGCUGGAUGGGGAGGGCUGGGAGUACGCCUCGCUUUUCGGCUGGCGCUUCCACCUGAAGCAUCGUCGGACCGACACCUUCCGCCGCCGCCGCUGGAGGCGCAGGAUGGAGCCCCUGGAGCGCACUGGGGCCGCCGCUGUCUUCGCAUUGGAGGGGGCUCUGGGGGGAGUGACAGAUGACAAGAGCGAUGAUGGCAAAUCCAUCUCCACCCUCAGUUUUGGUGUCAACAGACCCACCAUUUCGUGCAUAUUUGACUGUGGGAACAGAUACCAUCUCCGCUGCUACAUGUACCAAGCUCGGGAUCUGAUCGCCAUGGAUAAGGACAGCUUUUCAGAUCCUUAUGCCAUUGUCUCCUUCCUCCACCAAAGCCAGAAGACGGUGGUGAUCAAGAACACCUUGAACCCCACCUGGGACCAGACACUCAUCUUCUAUGAGAUAGAGAUCUUUGGGGAUCCCCAGAAUGUGUCUGACUCCCCUCCCAACAUCGUGGUGGAAAUAUAUGACCAUGACACCUAUGGUGCGGAUGAGUUCAUGGGGCGCUGUAUUUGCAAGCCCAGCCUGGUGCGCUCGCCACGGCUCUCUUGGCACCCGGUCAUCAAGGCCAACAGAAACGUCGGGGAACUGCUGGCUGCCUUCGAGCUGAUUCAGAGGGAGAAGCCGGCUGUCCAUCACAUCCCUGGCUUUGAGAGUGAGCUGUCCUCCAGCCUGGAUGAGGCCGCGGACUCUGACCUGCCAUAUCCCCCACCUCAGCGGGAGCCCAACAUUUACAUGGUCCCCCAAGGAAUCAAACCGGUCCUGCAGCGCACGGCCAUCGAGAUCCUGGCCUGGGGGCUGAGGAACCUCAAGAGCUACCAGCUGGCCAGUGUCACCUCGCCCAGCCUGCUGGUGGAGUGCGGAGGCCAGCUUGUGCAGUCCUGUGUCAUCAAGAAUGUCAAGAAGAAUCCCAACUUUGAUGUUUGCGUGCUCUUCAUGGAAGUGCGCUUACCCAAAGAGAGCCUGUACAGCCCCCCCAUCAUCGUCAAAAUCAUCGACAACAGGCCAUUCGGACGGAGGCCCGUGGUGGGACAGUGCACCAUCCGCUCGUUGGAGGACUUCUACUGUGACCCCUACCGAGAGGAGACAGAUGGUCCCCAGGAGCAUGCAGAUGAUGUGAGCCUCACACCCAGGGAUGAUGUCCUAAUUGACAUUGAUGACAAAGAGCCUCUUAUUCCUGUCCAGGAAACACACCUUGCACGACAGAAGCAGAGGUGCUGCUUGCUGCCCAGGGCAGGGGUAGAUGAUGGCGGCUCUCGGUUUGCCAAGGACAAGCUGCACUCAUGCUUGCCUGCGGAGGGUAUGACCAACUCAGCAUUAAUUAACAUACCAGCUUCUUGGGCCCAACCUCAUGAGGAAGAAUUCAUUGACUGGUGGAGCAAAUUCUAUGCUUCCACAGGAGAAAGGGAAAAAUGUGGCGCCUAUUUAGAAAAGGGCUUUGACACACUGAAGGUCUACGAGACAGAGCUGGAGAACGUGGAGGAUUUCGAGCAUCUGUCUGACUUCUGCCACACCUUCAAGCUGUAUCGUGGCCGGUCGCAGGACUCAAAUGACGACCCCUCAGUCGUGGGGGAGUUCAAGGGUUCGUUCAAAAUUUACCCUCUCCCAGAUGACCCGCGAGUCCCAGUGCCACCUCGGCAGUUCCACCAGCUGCCGGCCAGAGGACCCCAGGAGUGUCUUGUCAGGGUCUACAUCAUCAGGGCCUUCGACCUCCAGCCCAAGGACGCCAAUGGAAAGUGCGAUCCCUAUGUGAAGAUUUCAGUGGGAAAGAAAUCCAUAAAUGACCAAGACAAUUACCUCCCCUGUACGCUGGAGCCCGUAUUUGGAAAGAUGUUCGAGCUGAGCUGCACUCUGCCCCUGGAGAAAGACUUGAAGAUCACGCUCUAUGACUAUGACCUCCUGUCGAAGGAUGAGAAGAUUGGGGAGACGGUCAUAGAUCUGGAGAACCGGUUCCUGUCAAAAUAUGGGGCACGCUGUGGCCUCCCCCAAACUUACUGCAUCUCUGGACCCAACCAGUGGCGAGACCAACUCCGUCCUUCCCAGCUGCUUCACCUCUUCUCCCUGCAGCGCAACUACAAGGCUCCCACCUACAAGUCUGACCGGGUCAUCUUCAGGGAGCAUGAGUACAUCCUCUCUGAACUGGAGGAUGGCAAACCCCUCAACCCCCACCUGGGGCCGGUGGAGGAGCGUCUCGCCCUUUACGUGCUGCGGAAGCAAGGGCUGGUGCCGGAGCACGUGGAGACAAGACCUCUUUACAGCCCUCUCCAGCCAGAAAUCGAGCAGGGAAAGCUACAGAUGUGGGUGGACCUUUUUCCGAAAUCUCUGGGUCAUCCUGGCCCCCCUUUCAACAUUACACCACGCAAAGCCAAGAGGUUCUUCUUGCGCUGCAUCAUCUGGAACACCAAGGACGUCAUCCUUGAUGACCUCAGCAUCACUGGGGAGAAGAUGAGUGACAUCUACGUCAAAGGCUGGCUGGUUGGCCACGAGGAGAACAAGCAGAAGACAGAUGUGCACUACAGGUCUAUGGGAGGAGAGGGCAACUUCAACUGGAGAUUUGUCUUCCCCUUUGACUAUCUUCCUGCUGAGCAAAUGUGUUACAUCACAAAAAAGGAGCACUUCUGGAGCUUGGACAAGACAGAAAAUAAGAUUCCACCACAGCUUAUCUUCCAGAUCUGGGACAAUGACAAGUUCUCUUUUGAUGACUAUUUGGGCUCCAUUCAGAUGGAUCUCAACAGGAUGCCCAAACCUGCCAAGACUGCUGAGAAGUGCUCCUUAGAGCUAGUAGAUGAGACCUUGUCUUCAAGUCGCUUUGUGUCACUCUUUGAGCAGAAAACUGUCAAGGGAUGGUGGCCUUGUGUUGCUGAGAAGGAUCAAAAGAAGAUCCUGGCGGGGAAAUUGGAAAUGACUUUGGAAAUUGUGGCAGAACAAGAGCAUGAAGAGCGGCCAGCUGGCAUGGGUCGGGAUGAGCCAAAUAUGAACCCCAAGCUGGAGGACCCCAAGCGGCCAGAGACCUCCUUCCUGUGGUUUACCUCCCCGUACAAGACCCUAAAGUACAUCCUGUGGCGGCGGUACAAGUGGGUGGUUAUCCUGGCCAUCGUGCUCUUCGUUUUGCUGCUCUUCCUGGGGAUCUUCAUCUAUGCCUUCCCGAACUAUGCUGCUAUGAAACUGGUGAAACCUUUCAACUGAAGCUGUGCUGCAAGAUGCCAGAAAGGUCUGGUGCCUGCCUGGGGGUUUUGGAAAGAAGUUGCGGCUCUGCACUGGAUCACAUCAGCAGAUGGAGACGGAGAAGGAACAGCCUCUCUCGGGCCCUAGGCUGCUACCAAAAUGAACAAAUGAAGAUACAAAUUACCCUGAUGCAGUAUGCAGAAUCCCACCUACAGUACACACCUUGAAGAAGCAAGUAAAAAAAAAAACCUAUUCUGAAAUAUUUCUUACUUUA